CAGAGCUCCAACCUGUUCAGGUGGAGUCAACCUAAAGCUGCAGUUUGCUCAGGACCCCUUUCACCCUCCCUCCCUUCCUCCCCCCUCUCCACUCUCUACCUGCGACCCUGGAGCAGAGCGGCUCAGCCGGGUGUGUUGUGUUUGUGUCCCAGGAGCCUGGGCCCCGCCCCCGUGAAGGUGUCCUGCAUGUGUGCCUGGAGAGGAUCAGCCAGCUGGAGCUGUGGUUGCAGAGAGCCCAGAGGAGUCUGGUAGCCAGUGGAGCUGCUGGGUCGUCAGCCAUGCAGGACAGCGUGGAGCAGCAACUUCUCACCUGUCAGGAGAUGUUCCUGGAGAUCGAGCAGAGGGUUGCCGGCCUGUCAGUGCACAGCCAGGCAGUCGACCACCAGCAGCAGCAGCAGGAUGAACUGGGAGCUGUGGGGUCCCAGCAGGAGGCGGCUGAGCUGCUCUCGUCUAAACUGGAGCUCCUGAAGGCCAACCUGGUCUCCUUCCAACAGCUGCUGCAGGACAGACAGGACGAGGAGAGACUCAUCGCACACAAGGAGCUGCAGGAACAGGUACAUGCAGUCUGUGACAGACUCAUCUACGAGGCGCGGUGA